UUUUAUACGAAAAUAAGAUUGUCAAUACAGCGGGAAUCAUGAAAAUCAAAAAAAGAUUUUUGUAAAAAAUAGCUCACUGUAAAAUUAAUUUUACUCUUAUUCUAAGCAGAUAAAUCAGGAAGUAUCAGCUGGACUUGUUGUCAUGGGUAUCCAAGGACUGUUACCAUUUCUGAAGAAGAUACAUGACCAUGUAAACAUUGCCAAGUUUUCUGGUUGUACAGUGGCUAUAGAUGCUUAUUGUUGGCUUCACAAGGGAGCUUUUUCAUGUGCUGAGAAAUUGGCCUUGGGAGAGAAAACAGACCAAUAUGUAUACUAUUGCAUGAAAUACUUGGAGUAUAUGUUAAAGAACAAUCUAAAACCCAUCAUGGUGUUUGAUGGAUGUCAUCUUCCCUCAAAGAAAGACGUAGAAAAAAACAGGAGAGAAAAGAGAAAUAUGUAUAAGAAAAAAGCAGCUCAGUUGUUAAGAGAAGGAAAUCGUGCAGAAGCAAGAGAAUGUUUACAGAGAUGUAUAGAUAUAAGUCCAGAAAUGGCUCUCAGACUUAUGGAGGUCUGCAGAGAAAGGGGUAUAGAUUGUAUAGUGGCACCCUAUGAGGCUGAUGCUCAAUUGGCUCUCCUGAGUAAAUCUGGUAUUGCUCAAAUUAUUGUUACAGAGGACUCAGAUUUAUUACUGUUUGGUUGUGAAAGAGUAAUAUUUAAAAUGGAUCACUUUGGUAAUGGAGUAAUGAUAGAAAAAUGUAGACUGAACGAAGUGAUGGAAAUACAGAAUGGUUUCUACACAUUUGAUAAGUUCCGGUAUAUGUGCAUUUUAUCUGGAUGUGAUUAUCUCCCUUCAUUGUCAGGCAUUGGAUUGGUUAAAGCUUGCAAAGUGUUUAAAUUAGCCAGACAAGCAGACCUUAAAACACUUUUGAAGAAGUUUCCCACCACCUAUUUAAAGAUGCCAUUGACCGUUAGUGAUGAAUAUAUAGAUGGUUUCAUUAAGGCUUACAAUACAUUUCUGUACCAACUUGUUUUUGACCCGUUAAAGAAAAGACUGGUUCCCCUACAUGAUUAUGAAGAUGGUAUAGAGCCCAGUGAUGUCACCUAUGCUGGACCAUAUAUACCACAAGAGAAAGCUCUGCAGAUUGCUUUGGGUAAUAUCAACAUUUAUUCAAUGGAGAAAUUUGCCAAUUUUAAUCCUGACAACUUUGUGCCAAAAAAAGCCAGUAAGAAGAAAUCAGAAAGUUUACACAUGCUGAGUAUAUGGAGCAAAAAUUACAGGAUCCGACCUAAAACUCACUUAACUGAGACACAGAAUAGACCAAAUCUGAAAGGAAAGGAAGUAGUCAUCAAAACUAAGAUACACAGACCAGAAAUUGUCAAACCUGCUGAUGAUAGCUUGGAAGUAAAAACUGACGGGGAACUGACUGGUAUGUACCAGAACUCACCAAAGAGGAAAUUAAAGGAGAUAAGUAGCAGUGAGGACGAACCAAGCCCUUGUAAAAGACAACGAAAAAACAGCGGUAGUGAAGAAGAACUCUCUCCUAAAAAGUACCAAAAGUUUACGAAAUCUCCACGAAAACCAGAAUUUUUCAGUUCUCUAGUUGAGGCAGAUGUUGAUUCAUCUGUGUGUGAUACUUCUGUUACUGAAGAGAAAAAUGAUAAAGAAAAUGAUAUUGUAUCUCCACGAAGAAAUAGAUUUGCUCUAGCGAGUCCUUCAAAGAAAACAAAAUUCAAUUUAAAUGCACCAAAGGCAAAGGAAGUUGUGAAAAGCAGGUUUUUUGCUUCAUCUUCUUCACCAAGAAUCAAAACUGAACCAAUUGCUGAAGACAUAAAAGUGGACCAGAAACUUGAAAAAUUAACCUCUGUUAAAUCUGACAUUGAAACAAAACAAGAAAUUAAGAACACUGUACCUCAACAUAAAAAAGACAAUUCUAAACCUUUAAAUAAAUCGGCUUUUAGUUGGAAUAGGUUUAAGUCAUCUUCUCAAAAUAGUAUAGAAUCUAGUCCUCAUUCUAGAAAUCCAUUUAAACAGGUUGAAUCGGAAAAACAAAAUAGCUCUUCACAGAAGAUUUCGUUAGAUCCAAUUCACAAAUCAUCAUCAGAGCCAUCAAUGUCACGAUUUGAUUCACAGAAAAGCUUAGAUAAUCUGAGUCAAGUCAGUUCCCAUAGCAACUUGUACAGCAUUGAUUCAGACUGUUUACCCAAACCUGAGGAUAUGGAUGACUUAAGUGAUUCUGAGUCUAGUGUUCACGGCAGUGAGACAAAUAACUCUAGUCAGAAUUUAGGCAGUCAAAAUAGUAGGCAGUCUUCAGGAAGACUGACAAAUAACUCUUGUCAGGAUAUAAGUAAUGAAGAGAAUUCCAAGUCUUCAGGAAGACAGAUAAAUAAAGUAGAUUCUUGUGAGAGAUUAAUAAGUCAAGUCAUUCCAGAAUGUCCAGAGGAAGAUGAUGAUGAUAUUAUUGUAGUAAAAACAGAACCAGGAACCAGUCCUCAGGAAUCCAAAGUGAAAGUAAAUAAGGUGCAGAAAGCUUCCACGAUGUCUGGUUGUCGUGUUUCUGGUUUAUCCAGGGGAAAGAAGAAGCUACCACCUGUUGAUAUAAAACAACAAAGUUUAAAGGAUAUGUUCAGUAAAUUCUCAAAUAAUAGAAAUGAUAAACCAAAGUUGAAGCAUGGAAAGAGUGAUGAAGACCUGAAUGCUACUCCUACCACAGACAAUAGUGUUUUAUCUUUGAAAGGUGGCAUACAACGUUGUUUACUGCCUUGAAUGCCACUCCUACCACAGACAAUAGUGUUUUAUCUUUGAAAGGUGGCGUACAACUUUGUUUACUGCCUUAAAUGCCACUCCUACCACAGACAAUAGUGUUUUAUCUUUGAAAGGUGGCGUACAACGUUGUUUACUGCCUUAAAUGCCACUCCUACCACAGACAAAAGUGUUUUA